AUGGAGUUGCGAGAGUGGGAUAAUAUAAUCACUACAACGAAACCUCCCACACCGCUGCACCUAACCUCAACUAUUAACGAUCUGAACGCGGAAAGUGUUAAAUUCUUCCCAUUGGAUUAUCCUGGUGAUUUCUUCAAAACGUAUAUCGAUUCGAGAUUCUACGCCGGCCACAAAUUGGAUUUCAAACAACAAAAUUGUGCCGGCGGCCCGGGUUCUGGUGGUGGAGUCGUCGGCAAUAACAACAAUAGCCAUCCAACAGCGGCGGCCUCGGCUCAUUUGUCCGCCUCGGCGUCGGCACCGUUACACGGUUUAGCGGCUCACACGGCGGGCCAUCAAUCGCAUCAUUCCCUGCUAAAUUCACAUCACGCACUACAGCAACACCAGCAGCAGCAACAACAACAGCAGCAGCAACAUCAAACAACACCAUCACCUUCCAUACAAUCUAACUCUGCACCCAAUAAUCCAACAUCUUUAGGUCCCCUAAAUUCCUCGUCCAUUAACACCAACGGUAAUCCAUCCGGAACCGGUACUAGUUCACCAUCAACGGCCGGUAUUCACCCUACUCAGGAUACCCAUUCCUCGUCAUCGGUACCGCCCGUUGCUACCUCGCUCAGUGCUCCCUCCCUACCCCAUAUAGCACCCACUUCACUUGGUCUCAGUCCCCAAUCCUCAGCGGAUUCUCAACAAUUUAACAUCUUUCCUGCCAUUUUUAGUCGCCAGCUGAACUUUUCCGCGGCGGCUGGGGGUUGUGGUCAAAGUAAACUAACCAUGGAUGAACUGCGGCCGAAUCUAGUUGGUGGCCUUUUGGGCCUACAGCAGGGUCUACUCGAGGAUCAUGCCGCCAGUAUGCAGCACGCUGGCUCUGUACCCCAAGACACCAAGUUUAUGUCAUUUCAAGAUAAUCGCCUCAUGGGCAUUGGUUCCUCACACGAAAAUCGCCUUUUGGGACUUAGCUCGUCGGUGCAAGACAGUCGCUCACCUGCCGCCAUCACCUCCAUGGACAAAAAUCCGCUCAAUCAUCAGCGAAAAUGCAGCAGCACACCCGAGGAUUUUAGUUCAUUGUAUUCGGGAUUACCCACACCUGGUAUUGAUUCGUCGUCGCAUCAUCACACACCCGCUCAUACGCCGCCAACGAGGCUAUCGGAUCAUACGAUAUCUGCGGAAGGUGCUUUUAAGAAACUGAAACCUGAACCAAGCACGGGCCUUUCAUCCGUUUCCAGCGGUAUAACAUCACCAGGAAGUGGUUUGUCAUCAUUAAGUCACCAUGCCGGCCAUACUCCAACCACAGCAUCAUGUCCAACGCCAGCGAGACGAAGACAUCGAACGACAUUCACACAGGAACAAUUAGCCGAAUUAGAAGCAGCUUUUGCCAAAUCACAUUACCCUGACAUCUAUUGCCGAGAGGAAUUAGCGAGAACGACAAAAUUGAAUGAGGCGAGAAUACAAGUUUGGUUUCAAAAUCGUCGCGCCAAAUAUCGCAAACAAGAAAAGCAAUUACAAAAAGCAUUGGCACCAUCUGUGAUCCCCUCAUGUAAUGGCAUGAUGCGUAAUAUUCAAGGUUAUAGUGUAUCACGUGGUUAUCAACCGUAUCCCCAUCAUAAUUCAAUAAAUCGUUAUCCUCAGGAUCUAUUCCAAAUGGGAGCCUCAUCAUAUCCGGGUAUGUCACAACCAUUCUCAAUGGCACAUGGUACGAAUAUGGGUGGUGUACGUCAAGAUUCAAUGGGUAUGUCACCCGAAGACGAAUGGUAUAAUAAAAGUUUAUCAGCGUUACGCAUGAACAGCUCACAUCAUCCGAACCUUUCAGCACCGAUGCUUCAAUAUCAAACAUAAUCGAAAACAUUUGACGAUUUCUUUUAAAAUGUAAAAUAUUACUGAGGAAGA